ACAAUAUACCAGCGAAUCCCUCUGCAACCAUGGAAGGGAAUGGCCAUGGCUUUACUGACAAGGCUUUAGGCAAGAGGCAUAUUCCUUACGAUGGUUUUGAAGGGUUUGAAGGGGAAGAAGAUCAUGGUCCAACUUACGAGGGCAUGGAAUACUCUGGUGCAGGUCCAAGCAAUCGGCCAGAAUCAACGUACGACCAUGGUUUGGAAUAUUGGGACAACCUUUAUAGCCAAGAUGAUAUCUUUUCGGAGGUGGAGCGUUGGGAGCAACAAUCAUCUCUGCAUCCACCAUGGUGGUGGUCUGAGAUGCAGACUUUUGUGUCAACAUCUCAGGCCACCACUUCCAUCGAUCCUAACUUCCCUUUUCCCUCUGGUUCAACAUCUCAGGCCACCUUCACCGGCCAAGGUUUUCCAUCUCAGCCAUCUUUGCCGUCUCAGCUGUCUUUACCAAUCACACCCCACCCUCUGCUCGCUUCAUCAUUGCGGACGUCUUAUGCAUCUCAAGGUGUCAGUAGCCGAGGUUUACCAAGCACCAGCGGAUCUGUGCAUAAGAGGUCUUACGUGCCUCGUGCUAAGAAAUAUGUAUCAAAAGAACGACACUACUUUCCUGUCUAUGAUAGUUUUCAAUGGGUGGAAGACCGUGCCAUUAUUAAUAUUAAGGGUGGGCAGAAAACUACAAGGAAGGUGUAUUAUUGUGCAGCAAAUGAAUGCACUGGUGUGAAAGAGAUAACAGUCAAGAAUAAGAAUGACCAUAUUUUAUCGUGUGUUGUGCACAACAUUAUUUGACUGCAAUGGUGCCAAAAUAUAUCAGUGGAGCAAAAGAAGGACCAUAUUUUGUCAUGGCGAGCUACAAUAUAGAUAGAUUGAGUAUAUAAAUUUUUUGUUAGGAUUGCAUUCAAUUCAAAUGUAUACAAAUUACAAAUUCAAAUUCAAUUUCUUUGUUUUUAGUCUUUUGAUUGUGGUUGCUUCAAUGUGGUGUGGGCCACUGAUUUUCUUUGUUGAUGGUAUUUUGCCUGCGUUUUAGCUGUGCUAAGCUCUAUAUGACAUGGCCCAUUGUUCCCCAUUAGGAUGUCUAUCAACUCCUCAGAGAGAUAGACAUUGAAAACUGUUGGAGAAUUAGCUCACAAAACAGAUGGACAUGUCAGCAACUUACUUUUCAGUCAUUUAAUUGGUUAGUUAGUUACUCUCUCAGCUCAACUAACUCCAAUGUCUAUAAAUAGACAUCAGCACACCAACUCGAGUGAUUAUCUCAGCACCAAGAAUUGUCUCUUUCUCUCUGUUUUUAGCAUUUUUCUCUCUUCUUCUCAAAGUAUAAUUUUCUGUGAGUGAAAGGAGGGUUGUCCAGGUUCCUUGUGUAUCUGAUCAAGGGUACCUCAGGUGAGGCUUUUAUAAUUGGUGUAAUGCACCAUUGAUGAGUGUAAUUAAGUUCCAAGAACUCUGAUUGUAAUGUGCUGAUGAUCAAUAAAGAAUUCAUUCUUGCUGCCA